GGAGUUGAGUUAAGGGGAAGUGCAGUCUUUAUCCUCUCAUUUAAAAAAAAGUAUUGAGUGGAGUUGCGUUUGGAGUAGUUUCCCACUGCUUGCUGCGCUCUCCAUGGAACAUGGUUUGAACUAGACUGAGCGUGUGUGCAGGAAGACUGAGAUUGAAGAGGAUGAGCCAAGUUUGGGGUUCUCCAUACGAUAAUACGAUGUCACACCUUCUGUCCCCAAGUGACUUCGGUACCAGCCUCAAGGACUUGAACAUUGUGGCCAUGUUGCAUAACUUUUGGGAGCAGAAGCAGGUGGAACAGGUCAAGGGGUCCGACAGCCAAUCAGAGGACUCUGUGAAAGGCUCUGCCAGCCAAUCAGAGGGCUUAUUGUUGUAUGAGUCUGCCCCUUCCCCAAGACCCCCUUACAUCUACUACGUCACUCUGCCUGGAGGAAGCUGCUUUGGAAACUAUAAGGAGUGUGAGACCCAGGCGGAAGCUCGUAGGGAUGCGGCACGUGUCGCUCUGAUGAACUCUCUAGUGAACGAGCUGCCGUCUAGACGAAUCACUCCUCUGUUCAUCACACACAGCCUGCAGGAGGCUGCUUCAGCCAGCACCGUCUCUGUGGAGGAUGCCUGUGAUCCUAGCACCAGUUUGGGAGCCUAUUGUCUCCUGCUCCAGUCAUACACUGGCAGAACCAUGUUGGAGUUCCAGGAGGGGAUGACAGUGUUUCAGUUGUUACACUGGAACGGGACGUUGAAGAUUCUAAGGGAAAGACAGUGUUCCCGCCAGAAUGUGAUUGGUUAUUACUUGCAGCGGGGACUGGAUGCCAGCAUGCGCAGCAGCAUGGCUCUGGAUUGGCUGGGCAGGGAGCGGCAGACGCCAAGGCAGCUGAGGAUGGAGCUACGAGCAGCACAGAGGGAACUGGACGUGGCUAGGCGUCAUGGCAAUGAACUCCGCUUCUACAAGGAGAAAACAGAGAUCCUUAGCCUGGCACUGAGUCAAGAAUUCACACACCAACCACACACAGAUAUACACGGACCACACACAGAUUCACAAGAAUCGCCUGAACCACACACACACCACCAAUGAGUCGCACAUACACACACAAACUGCAUGAACCACCUGAACCACACAUAAACUAUGAACCAUCAUGUAUCCAGACACAGCAUCUGAUCCACACAUGAAACCCUGAACCACCAUACAUACACCCAGCUGAAUUAAAUGCGAACAACAGAUGCAGUGUUCAUGUAGUAGGAACUAGAAAACUCAUCCCAACUAGCAUGUAAACAGUGGCAAGAGAAAAGAGGUGCUUCAUCAAGAGAGACUGAGCAGGUGACUAGGUCAAAGGUCACCAUUGACACUGCCAGGCUACCUUCUGUCAAAUUCAAGACACAGCUGAGACAGCUGACUGCUGUGUCUUCAAUGAGUUUUAAAAGGGAAUGUGAAAUAUUUGUGUACAUUUUAAAUAAAUACCUUUGU